AGAAUAUAUUCAAAGACAUAAUAGUAAUGAUAUUAUAAACCUAGGUAAUGAAUUAGAUAAAUUAAAUGAAUUUUCUUCAGCCCUAUAAUUAUUGCAUGUAUCCUUAUCGUCCACAAAUAUAUUAUAAUUUGUAUGCAGAGAACAUUCAAGAACAAAAUUCUGCUGCUACAACUUAUAAGCAAGAAGUAGUAUAAUGGUAUAUAUGGUUUUGAUAUAUUUACAGGCUGUUCACUUUGGAAUAAUCUGAGUUGUAUAAACUAUUUCAGAUAAAAGGAUAAAUAAAAACAUUUCCAAUAAUGAAAAUGUAUAUACACGAUAAACAAUUUCAGCCUUCGAAUUAUGCACUUCUUCAACAGUUAACAUUAUUUAAAUAUUUUAUAGGGCUACAAUUAAAUUAGAGUCUAAAAUUGAUGAUGAUUAGUUUAUAAUGAAAACGAGAGUCCUUCACAAAAAAACAGAUGUAUAAAAUAUACUUAACACUUUAGGAAUUAUAUGAAAAGUUGGUGAUUUUUGAUGAUGAAAAUUUUCUAGAUACAAUUAUAGUGAGUGAACCUCACCUAGAAAAUUUGAACAACUUUCUUGAGUUGUUAGAUGAAAUUAGUGACAAAUAUUUUCUUUCUACUUCUCCAAAAGCGAAUUUAGAAAAGGCAGAAGACCCUAUGUGGUUUCAUUAGAAUAGCUUUCAUAGUUGUUCAGCCUGGAUUAUAAAGGAAUUUGAGAAAAAUAUUAACUUUUAUUACAACAUACAAAGAGAUAAAAAGAAAAAAUAUAGAUUUUAAAAUUAGAUGAUAACUAGAAAUAACUCCAAAGAUUUACAGGAAUACUUUGAGAAGAAUCUGGCUCAUAAUAAAGAGAAAGUAAACUUAUUAAUAAAUUUUAUUAGCUCAGCUAUUAUUUUGAAUAAAUAUACACGGAUAUCAAAACACAUCCAAAUGAAUUGGAUAAUAUCUUUUACAACAAUAUAUUUUCAGGCACUGCUAUUAAAUUAAUCAAAUCUUAGGUUGAACUCUCAUCUAACUUUUAAUUAAAAUGUCAUUCUGAUUCCAACAUCAUCAAUUCUAUGCUAAUAUUUUCAAUGUCGGAUUUAUUGGAUUAGAAAACCUAUUUCCUUAAGAAAUUCUAUUAGAUUGUUAUUCAAUUGUUUUAAGAACAUUUGGAGAAUGAAUUAUUUAACAGUGAAAUAUAAAUCAAGAAGAAAAAAGAUAAGAAAAAAUCAAAGAAAAAAAGGUCUGAAAAAAUUGAAUAUAAGAAAACUCUUGAUCCAAUCGAAUUGCAUCAACGUCUCUCAAGCAAGAAUUUAUAAGACUCAAACAUACUAAGAUUUUCGAGAUCCUAUUCAUAAAACAAUUUUGCCUAUUCUUAUGUGACUCCACCAAAUACACCCUCAGCUUGGGAAAAUAGUGAUGAUCAGAAGUAUAAAUUCUAUUUACAUUUAAGUGAAGUGAAUGCUCAAAGCUAUCAAUCUCAGAAAUAACAGAACAAUGAAAGAUAAAAGAAGGUUUAAGAACGUCAAAGUAUUAUUGAUUUAGGAUAAGCAAAUAUCUCUCAAGCUUUUGUUGAAAAUUCGUAACAUCCUACCAAUGAUGAUUUUGUAGAAUACACUCAAACAAUAACUUAGAAUAUUUUAGAAAUUGUAUUUGAAUCUUUGUCAGAUGAAUAUGCAUAUAAAGAUGAAGUAAUAAGAGAGAAAAAAAAGAUUAAGAAGAAAUAGAAAACUGUUUGGAGAUCUAUUCCAGAAAGUAGAGACGAAUAGAUGUAACUAUAAUCUCCUGGAUCUGAAAUUACUAGAUUCUCUGUAGAAACAUAAGCUUAAACCAUAAGAAGUCUCUGCUCAAAUAGAACGGCGUCUACAUCAGAGGAGGAGAAAAAACAAAGAUUGAAAACAAGAAAGUCUGCAAUCUAAUUUGAAUAAUAAGAAACUGAAUCAAUCUCGUCAUCUAAUUAAACACAAGAUGGCAGUCUAAAAGAUUAAAUUGAAAAUGUCUAAUAAAGAGCACAAUAGAAAUUAAUUGAAUAAAUCAACUAUGACAUCUUAGAAUUCACUGAUAGCAUUAUGAAUGAUUAUGAAGAAAUGUUACCCUUUAGGCUUUUGGCUUUUGACAGAAUUAAACUAGUAAUUUAGAAAGUGUUCUAUGGAAUACCUGAUGAUAUGAUAUAGUAAGAAUAUAAUCAAUAUCAAGAUUGUUUGGUUCUUGUGCUACUGGAUUAGCUCUAAUUGAUUCAGAUAUAGAUAUUGGCAUUAGUGGAUUUUAACCUAUGAAUAGAAAUGUUAUUAAGGCUCUUUUUGAUAACUUAUUUUUUGAAUUCUCUAAAAGGAAAUGGGUUAUAAAGUCUAAGUAACUUUAUUUGAAUGAAUUUAGUCCCAUUUUCAAUUCAGUCGUUCCAGUAAUUAAACUCGAAAUAGAUCCUCAAGUCUCUUAGACAGAAUUCGAAGGAAGAAAUCUAACUGAAACAGAUAUUCAGAAGUGGAAAAGGCUUAAAUUAAAGAUUAAAAGUUGCAUCAAAGUUGAUAUCUCGUUCAAUUUUAGUGGAAGCACAUAUGAUUCCCCUCAUUCUGGUUUUAUUACUACUAAUUUAGUUAAAUAAUGGAUGAAAGAAUAUCCAGUUAUCUAAUAAUUGGUAUUGGUUUUGAAGAGCAUGAUAAAGAAAUUGGGAUUAUCAGAAUCAUAUACAGGUAAAUUAAAUAUAAUUAUGAUUAAGGUGGCCUCUCUUCUUACUCUCUAAUAAUUAUGGUAUAUUCCUAUCUAAGAGAAAAUAGAGUGGCCUAGAAUUAAAUAGGAGAAUAAUUCAUUGAUUUGCUUAAGUAUUUUGUUAAUGAAUUCAAUUCUACAACUACUGGAAUAGGUCUAUUGGCUGAUUUCAAAAAUCCAUCAUCGAGGUAUUACUAUCUACUAUAAAUCUAAUAGCUAUUUUUUUAAUCUAUAGGAUUAUUGUUUGCCGUAAUUACCAAUAACGAUUUUCAAUCCUUUGAACAGAAAACUACUAACUAAUUCUUGUAUUCACAUCGGCAAGAUAUUCGAAUUUUUUUAAGCGACUUUAAGUUAACUUGAAUAAAAAAGGGAAUUUUAUUGCAACUAUGUAAUUUUAGGCAAAAAGAAGCAAUAAAAAUUAAAUAAAACUUUGGGCAAUUUUAUCACUAACUUAUUAGAAUCAAUUAAAUGA